AUGCGCAGAGCUGGACCGGGCCAAGCCAAACAGCCCCAUGACUCGUGGCCUCACCCCUCCACGGACCUGCCACCUCACCCCUCCAUGGACCUGCCACCUCACCCCUCUAUGGACCUGCCCCGUCACCCCUCCAUGGACCUGCCACCUCACCCCUCUAUGGACCUGCCCCGUCACCCCUCCAUGGACCUGCCACCUCACCCCUCUAUGGACCUGCCACCUCACCCCUCCACUUGGGCCGGUGUUCUGUCGAGACGGUCUGGCCGUGUUUGUGCAUUUGUUGCGGAGGAAGCCGGAGAGAGAGACAUGGGGGCCAGACACGGGCAAAAUCCCGUGGCUAAAGGACCGGCACUGAGCUCGACACGCAGACCAUCCGGACAGAACGCCGGCUCCAGCACGGCUCGCGGUCCGGGUGAAACCAACAACCUUGGCAUCCGUGCAACGAGAACACAGCUCCUUCAUGGGUGCUCUUUGAUGUAG